AUCAAAGAAGACUAAUGUAGAGUAGCCUAGCUCAAUAUCACACCAAACAUUGAACAAUGAUUUAAUAUCUGCUCUACAUCGACAUUUUUAUUCAAACAAACAGAUCUGGUAGCAUGAGAAAUGCCAUCGCUGGCCAAAAUUUUGAUGAUGUUUUUACAAUUUGUGAGGGAAAGAAAAAUCCUUGAAGGUAGAAACGUGGUGAUAGUGAGUGCUGUAUUCAGUGCCGUAUUUCUGCAUUUCUAUAAAGUACACGUUGAAAACUCGCAUGUAUCAGAAUGGCUAGAAAGGAAUCAACUCAGCAGUAUAGCAGAUGUUCUCUCCCAAGCAGGUGGCUCAUCAUUAGCUGAAGUAUACAGGCUUGACGAGACCCUGGAUGAGAAUUCAGAGUUUUAUCUCUCUCUAAACAAGGAGCAGCGCCACCUGUUGGAACUCACUCUCAGUCGACUGCGAGACGAGACGGAGAUGGAAAUGUGGCUCAGAAGGAACAACAUAGAGAACUAUUCAGAGAU